UUAGUCCAAUAAAUCUUAAAAUAUACAACACCUAAAAUUAUUCAAAUUCCAUCUUCGCCCGAUAUUACCACUAAUAGCCAUCGGUGCGAUACGGCAGUGGCAGAAAGCGUAAUUUGAACCCAUUUCCUUGCCCAUUUCCUUAAUCCCUCCCGCUCUUAACCUCCAAUUUUCAGAGUCAUUGAUGGACCAAAUCCAAAUACCGAUUUUUCCGGCAGAUUUUUUCCUUCCUUUUCCCUACCGUUAAACUUGAACCCUAACUAUAUAAAGGUAAUUUACUUUUUUUAUUUACAGAUCUUUUUUUUUAUACACUCAGCAAUUUUUUUUUCUGGAUUGCUGCUGAUAAACUCCUACCAGAUAAUUAGAAUCAAAUCUACAUUUUCCCCUAAGAUUUGAAUCUUUAAUUUUUCCGAGCAACCAAACAGGAUCUUUCAGGGUAUUUACUUAGAUUUUGAGCAACAUCUUUUCCAGGCUUUCAGAUCCAAUCUUUUUAUAUAUUCUACGGUUAGGAUAAACAUGGACCGUCCUGAUUUCACUGUUUCUUUGAGUUACUUUCCAGUUAAUCACUGGUGCCUAGAUGUCAUAUUUGUUACUUUUUAAGUUGAUAAUUCAUCUUAGAGAGUCUGCAGCUUCUUUUGUUUGAAAGGUAGUGAUUAGGAGUUGCAGCAUAUGGAGGUUCCUAGUGCAAAUCUUGAAAUUAGGCAUCGUAAAUUAACCCGGCUAAGGAUGUUUAGGGGUCUGAUAUGGCUUCUAGUGCUAGUUUCAACGGCCUUUAUGAUGAUAGUGUAUUGUGGCUUUCUUGCUACUGUUGUAUUCAGGCUUUUCAGCAUACAUCACAGUCGGAAAGUAACAGCUUUCUUCUUUAGCGCUUGGCUAGCUUUAUGGCCUUUUUUAUUUGAGAAAAUAAACAAAACCAAAGUCAUUUUUUCUGGAGAUGAUGUUCCUGCGAAGGAACGUGUUUUGCUAAUUUGCAACCACAGAACUGAGGUUGAUUGGAUGUACCUGUGGGACCUUGCAUUGCGGAAAGAUUGCCUGGGAUACAUAAAGUACAUCCUUAAGAGCAGCUUGAUGAAACUACCUGUAUUUGGUUGGGCAUUCCACAUUUUGGAGUUCAUCCCUGUGGAAAGGAAGUGGGAGGUUGAUGAAUCAAACCUGCGCCACAUGCUUUCAACAUUCAAAGAUCCUCGCGAUCCCCUUUGGCUUGUUCUCUUUCCAGAAGGAACAGAUUUCACUGAGCAGAAGUGCUUGAGAAGUCAAAAAUAUGCAGCUGAAAAUGGCUUGCCUAUCCUGAACAAUGCGCUGCUUCCAAAAUCAAAGGGCUUUUACGCCUGCUUGGAAGAUUUGAGGAGCUCUUUGGAUGCAGUUUAUGACGUGACCAUCGGAUAUAAGCAUCACUGUCCAUCCUUCUUGGACAAUGUAUUUGGGGUUGACCCUUCAGAAGUUCAUAUUCACAUCAGACGCAUUACCCUGGAUCACAUCCCUAUAUCUGAAAGGGAGGUAACAGCUUGGCUGAUGGACACAUUCCAACUCAAGGAUCAAUUACUUUCUAAUUUCAAGUCUGAAGGCUGUUUCCCUCAGCAAGGAACGGAAGCAAAGCUCUCUACGGGGAAGUGCCUUGCAAACGUUAUGCUGGUGCUUGUCUUGACUAGUGUAUGCACGUUUUUCACCUUUUUCUCAUCCAAUUGGUUUAAGAUCUUUGUAUCUCUAUCUUGUGCCUAUAUGGCUUCUGCAACUUAUUUCAACAUCCGUCCCGUACCAAUCUUCAGCUGUGUCAAAACUUGUUUUUAAAAGGCAAACUUAAUCACUUUUCAUUCAUAAGCAGCAUUAAAAAGUGCUUGCCGGUAAACUUUGUUUGAGAUGACUUCCAGCAUCUCCAGAAUGGAUCUAUGUUCAUGUUGAAAGCUUAAAUAGCCCGUGCUUAUGCAUGUGGUUACGUGACCUGAGAAGGGAGCCCUGAUGGAGAGUCUAUCCGGUUGUCAAAUUCUCCGGUAUGCGCAUAUAUUUAGGUAACAAUGUUGUUGUAAGGGUUAUACUUUAUGUACUGAGAGUAGAAUUUUAGGUUCAAAUGUUGAAUAACUGUAAUGAAAUCUCUGAUAAAUUGAAAAAAAGUGGGGCAAAUAGCACGUCAUUUCUUUCACUUUAAAUAUCAAUAAAGGCCAUUUGUUUCUGAGUUUAUCUGGUGAAUGUUGGUGAUGAGGGAAUUUUUCUUUUGCCAUGGCAAUUUCUUAAAUUAUUUGGAAUCCUUACUACUAAUUACGUCUCUUUAAUUUAUUUCAUGUCAUCAUUAAUCUGAAGUCUCGAACACUAGGUAGCUGAGAAGCCUUUUGAUAUGCUUGGUCUUUAUUGAAGAACGGAUGAAUUCAGCUUCUAUCACUCAAUUACAAGAAGUCAUUAUGAUCAAGGUUGUUAAUAUUGUAUUGGAUAAUAUUUCGGUUUUCUUUUAAAAUGUGAUAUAUGUUAGUAUCAAUUGUUUCAGAAUAUUAUUUUAAAAUUUU